AUGCAUGAGACAGCAUUCAGUGCACGAGCCUCUCUGAACAAGACAAACCCUGAGCGCUUCCCUUCAGCUUUUCCUCAACUCUGUUCAAGGAUACUAACCUGGGAUUGUACUGUACUACCACCUCAUGACGACCUACUUCUUGAAGAUCCACUUUGAGCUGCAUGGACUCCAAUACUGAACUUAUGUCAAGAAACUUAAGUCUGGCAGUUGUUAUAGCAUAUAUCAAUAUAUAUAUAUAUAUAUAUAUAUUUUUUUUUAAUAAUAACUUUAUUGCAUUGGAAUUUCUCCUUGAAUUUGACUCUUUAUAAGGGGUGCAAUCUUUGGAUUGGAUUGUCAUGAAGAAUUUGUGCAAGUUAAAUUACUUUUGAGAUUCAGUAUACAGGACGCAGUGGACCAAUACCAGGACUUUGACUGGAUCACUACCAGCUUCCUUCAGUUUGGAUUGUCUCCUGUAGACUUGAGCUGGUGGUUCGGGUCAUUUAAAGUGAGAUCUUUACAAGGUAUGGUUCUGGACUCCUUGCGCUCAGGAGCGACUCCAAGGCUCCUACAGUCUUCAUAUUUCUUAUUGGGUGUAAAACUGACAUUGGAAGGAGAUGAGAACCUUAUUCUGCUGGUUUCUGGUCUUUAUUUCGCCCCUUCUGCUGGCAACUGCUGAGAAGGAAUUCCCAAUCCCUCAAGACUUCAUAGACAGACUGUCGCACAGCGAAAUCAACAGCAUCAGCGACCUCCAGCGGCUACUGGAGGUAAAUUCCCCAGGUCCUGGAAAUGAGGUGAUUGAGGAGGUCAAACAGAGACACCAUCAGAAGAAUCAUCACCCAUAUCAGACGGACUCCUCAGAUCUGAAGAGUCACCAGCUGUCUUACAGACGGAAGAGGAGUGUUGAGGAGGCGGUGCCAGCCAUGUGCAAGACACGAACAGUGAUCUACGAGAUCCCCCGCAGUCAAGUGGAUCCCACCGCUGCAAACUUCCUAAUAUGGCCUCCGUGUGUGGAGGUGAAACGCUGUACAGGCUGCUGUAACACCGGCAACAUGUGCUGUCACCCCUCCAAAAAACACCACCGCACAGUUAAGGUGGCAAAGGUAGAGUUUGCAUCACGUAAGAAAGCAAAGUUGAAGGAGGUGCUCGUCAGGUUAGAAGACCACCUGGAAUGCGUGUGCACAUCACAGCAUCCCGUCAUGGAGCAUGUGGAAGCAGACACAGUUGUAUUUCCAGGCCCACGCAAAGUUAAAAAUGGUAAAAAACGGAAACGCAGAAGGCAAGCAGUGGCAGCACAGAUCAACAAGGAUAUUCAAUAAAAGGCAGACAUUUCCUAACCCUCAGUGGACCAAAAUAUCCUGCAGUGGACAUGAGGUGAAACCACAUUAAACAAGACAUUAAAGGACAACAGCGGUUUUAUAAUGGGCCAUCAGCAAUGGGACUUUGACCUCUGAACUCUGACCCAUUGCUAUUAAAAAAAAAAGAGACUGUAUCCAGAGGGACUUCAUACAAACCCAACGCCAAAGGUGCUUUUUACUUUCUCAGAAGUACUCUGUCAAACACUGAAGAUAAACAAGAUUGGUAUUCAGUUAAUUAUUAAGUGGUCGUACACUGGGUGGAAACAAAACUGAAAUGGAAGAUGUUUGCUUCGUUUCUCUGUUGUUCAUGUAUACGAUUCUCGUAAAGGUCAAGAUGAGGAGAAAGCCUUUUGGAGAACACUAAGUUUGUAGAGACUAUAAACUUCACACACUUGGGCUUGGAUCCGCUCAAGAAAGACUCUAUGUACCCGUGAGGAAUGGACUUGGCUAACUCACAAGGCUCUAGUCAUUUAAAACGAGGAAGGAUAUAAAGGGAUGUUUGGGCAAGCACAAAUGUGUUGUCAACUUUGAUAAAUGGAAGAGGCUAUUUUCUGUUGUUCUACAUCCCAACCUUGGUCCUCUUGGGUCCAGAGCAUUUACAUUGUUAUUUUCAAUGUGCCUCUAGAUUUUUUUGUCCUUCUGAAGAGUUAAGCUGCCUGUCUAUGAACAAAGAAAGACUCGAGAAUAAAGAAGACAAAGUGUAAUACAGUCAUUAUGCCAGAAUAAAGUAUUUAUGUAUGCAAUCUCUCUUUGUCUCACAGUUCAGUGCAAGGCCUCCACUUUAUUUGCAUCAUUUUCUCAAAAUCUAAUUUCACUGUUGCUCAUAUUUUACAGCAUAUCUCAAAACUAGGUUUUUGUGUAGAACAUUUCUUUGAUAGGAAGAUAUGUAAGAGACAGUAAUGUAAAGAUAUUUUAUUUUUUGUUAAACUAUAUACAGUUGAAGUUUACAUACACCUUAGCCAAAUACAUUUAAACUCAGUGUUUCACAAUUCCUGACAUUUAAUCAUAGAAAACUUUCCCUGUCUUAGGUCAGUUAGGAUCACUGCUUUAUUUUAAGAAUGUGAAAUGUCAGAAUAAUAGUAGAGAGAAUUAUUUAUUUCAGCUUUUAUUUCUUUCAUUACAUUUCCAGUGGGUCAAAAGUUUACAUCCACUUUGUUAGUUUUUGGUAGCAUUGCCUUUGUUUAGCUUGGGUCAAAUGUUUUGGAUAGCCUUCCACAAGCUUCUCACAAUAAGUUGCUGGAAUUUUGGCCCAUUCCUCCAGACAGAACUGGUGUAACUGGGUCAGGUUUGUAGGCCUCUUUGCUCGCACACGCUUUUUCAGUGCUGCCCACAAAUUUUCUAUCGGAUUUAGGUCAGGGCUUUGUCAUGGCCACACCAAUACCUUGACUUUGUUGUCCUUAAGCCAUUUUGCCACAACUUUGGAGGUAUGCUUGGGGUCAUUGUCCAUUUGGAAGACCCAUUUGUGACCGAGCUUUAACUUACUGGCUGAUGUUUUGAGAUGUUGCUUCAAUAUAUCCACAUCAUUUUCCUUCCUCAUGAUGCCAUCUAUUUUGUGAAAUGCACCAGCCCCUCCUGCAGCAAAGCACCCCUACAGUAUGAUGCUGCCACCCCCAUGAUUCAUGCUUGGGAUGGUGUUCUUCGGCUUGCAAGCGAUGGUCAUUAUGGCCAAACUGUUUAAUUUUUUUUUUCAUUAGACCAGAGGACAUGUCUCCAGAAAGUAAGAUCUUUGUCCCCAUGUGCACUUGCAAACUGUAGUCUGGCUUUUUUAUGGCAGUUUUGGAGCAGUGGCUUCUUCCUUGCUGAGCAGGUUUUCAGGUUAUGUUGAUAUAGGACUCGGUUUACUGUGGAUAUAGAUACUUGUCUCCUGUUUCCUCCAGCAUCUUCACAAGGUCCUUUGCCAUUGUUCUGGGAUUGAUUUGCACUUUUCACACCAAACUACGUUCAUCUCUAGGAGACAGAAUGCGUUUCCUUCCUGAGCGGUAUGAUGGCUGCGUGGUCCCAUGGUGUUUAUACUUGCGUACUAUUGUUUGUACAGAUGAACGUGGUACCUUCAGGCAUUUGGAAAUUGCUCCCAAGGAUGAACCAUACUUGUGGAGGUCCACCAUUUUUUUUUUCUGAGGUCUUGGCUGAUUUCUUUUGUUUUUCCCAUGCAAAGAGGCACUGAGUUUGAAGGCAGACCUUAAAAUACAUCCACAGGCACACCUCCAAUUCAGUACACCUCCACAAGAUAAUUGGCUAACUGUCUAAAGGCUUGACAUCAUUUUAUGGAAUUUUCCAAGCUGCUUAAAAGCACAGUUAGUGUAUUAACUUAGUGUAUGUAAACUUCUGGCCCAGUGGAACUGUGAUAUAGUCAAUUAAAAGUGAAACAAUCUGUCUGAAACAAUAAUUUACU